GUAAACAUAUAUACCCGAUUAAUCAUUUCUCUGUCCCGUGCAUGAACAACACAUGUGAUUGUUUCGCCUACAGAACUGGACGAGUCUGGGUAUAAGGGAGGAUUGAUUUGUACAGCUCCUCACCUGUGAAUAUUUUACCUGUGGCCAUCAUACCUGUGUAUUAGGUUACUAAUAUCUCAACGGUGUAUUCGCCGUGUAUAUGCAAUAAAGGAUGUGAUUCUCAAUCCGCACAGACGGCGCUAGGCGAGAAGAAAAUUUGGAACUCAUUUACAGUUUCAUUUUGUGUCAGACUUUGCGCCGGACCUUACGAGGCAGACAUGACAAUGUGAAGCCCGAUAUGUAAAAGUGUGUGAUUUUACGUAACAUCAUUUAAUCAGCAGUGGCUUAGAACUGUCUACCUGUUUGGUUUCUCAAACUCUCCUGUGCUGACAGGUGUCAGAUGUAAGACUGAGUAUGUCAAAUAUGCCGGACGACCAAACUUUCAUUGUUGUGCGCUACGGUGAUGACGAGUCAGCACUGUUCAACCCGAAUUGUGCAAGUCAUACAUUGACGGAAUGGAUCAGGAAAAAGUGCAAGUGUGAAAAUGACAUUAUAAUAGACCUGGUCGACCUGGAGGGUCAGGUCAAGAAUCUCCCGACCAGACCAAAAGACUACGCCAGCGAGAUGGUCACAGGGCGGGAAACCUACGUGCUAAUACGGGUCGAACGUUGUAAUGACGGGAAAUUUAACUACACAUCACUACUCAAUAACCUUGCAGAAGUAAAUCCAGAACUGAAUGUUAAGCUGUCAAGUAUGUCCAGACCCACGACGAGAACGAGUAAAAAUAAGAAACAGAAACCUCAAGUUAAGCAGAUAAAGACAGCGCGGCAAGAGUCCUCACAGGGAAAGAGGCCGGGGAGCAGCGAGAAACCGAAAAAAUCAGCCAAAUAAAAGUGCCGCUUCCACGACUCUGCACGGCGGUUACACAAUAGAAUUUAGUUGGAUCGAGGGCGCCAUAGAUAUUUUGUUAAUAUAAAUCAUAGAUCGCACUUUCAAAACCUAUUUCUGAACAAUGACUGUCGAAGUGUUUGAAAACACAGUAGUCAUUAGAAUUUCUAACCAUGCGUACCAUGACAUAUAUGCCUUAUUUUGUAUGUAAAUACAUAUAUAUUCAGUAAAUGUUUGUAUUCGCCAACAUAAAAUAACAAGAAGAUAUAUGUAUGUGUUCUCUGAUCCGUCCUUCAUAAAAUUAUUCUAUACAUAUAGGGGGUUAUUACUGUAUAUACAUAUCAAGUCAUAUCUUGUAUUGCAUUGUUUAAAUCAUAAUAAAAAUAUUUCUGCUGAAAUGUUUUGCAAUUUUUAA